AUGGCUGACAGGCGGAACGGAAACAAGCCAGUCUGUGUUGGUCGAGGAGUGGUUCUAAGACUCGAUCCAAAUUUAAUCGAACUAAGACGACAACAGUUCGGAUCAAACACUAUCCCUCCAAAACCUCCAAAAACCUUCCUCAAACUCGUCCUCGAAGCUGCCAAUGACAAAAUCCUGAUUAUUCUUAUUAUAGCGGCUGUACUGUCCUUUGCACUCUCCUUCGUGCCCAGCAAAGGUGCUGUCCUCGCAUUACUUGCAGAUCCACACAGCGAAUACCAGUGGAUUGAGACAGUGGGGAUUAUGUUCGCUGUGGUCGUCGUGGUCCUCGUCACUGCUCUCAACGACUAUCAAAAAGAAAAGCAAUUUAUCGGACUGUACGGACAAAUAACAAAGGACAAACAUUUUUCGAUUACUCGGGGAGGAAGACUGAUCAACGUGAAUGUGUCGGACAUUGUAGUCGGGGAUAUCUGCCACCUUAAAUAUGGGGACCUUAUCCCCACGGACGGACUUAUCCUCCACUCAAACGACCUCCGAGUGGACGAGAGUUCUCUUACGGGUGAAUCUGAUAUUGUCAAAAAAAAUAAAACGGAUAAUCCCCUCGUCUAUUCCGGUCGAGGGAACACAUAA